CGGACUGUACAGGAGAAAUUAAUGGAAAAUAUGCAAAAUGCCUUAAGAGUAGGGAGUGGAUGAAACGUGCAAUAACAAGUAGUAUGAAUGGGUGAUCGAUGGUCAGCAUGGACUUGGUGGGCCAAAGGGCUAGUUUCCACGCUGUAUCUUUCAAUCAAUAAUACAAACUCUCCACCCCUAGCCUAUAUCUCAACCUCAAACACAUUUGCCUUAGAACUUCACCCAGUUCAGUGAAAGUUGUUAGAGGCCAACAUAAAUUCUGUUUGUCUCUCCAUAAGGAUGAUGAUAUUUCAUGCAUCUUCAGCUGUUAUUUCUGAUUUCCAGCAUCUGCAGAUUGUUUUAACUUUUAAACUUUGAGUUACCUGAUGCUCACAACAGCGGUUCAAAGUUAAGACUCUUUUUUAACAUGUUUUUAAAAUUUGGACUUGAAGGGUACAAGGGACCGCCUAAAACGUGGGGACUCUUGUGUGCAUACUCAGUGUGGUCUAUCUUACUAUCUCUCAUACUAAGUAUACAUGUGCCAAUAUAUAUUAGGAUUGCCAUUGAACUGUACACUUUCAAGAGAGACCUGGAUAGAGCUCUUAAAGAUAGCGGAGUCAAUGGAUAUGGGGAGAAGGCAGGAACGGGAUACUGAUUGUGGAUGAUCAUUGAAUGGCAGUGCUGGCUCGAAGGGCCGAAUGGUCUACUCCUGUACAUAUUGUCUAUUGUAUGCAAAAGAGGGAUUUCACUGUACACGUGACAAUAAAGUACCAUUGAACCAAGUGUACCCAACUCGCCCCGUUGCACACACAAGCCCAGCUUUUGUGAACAUUAAUUACACUUUGGGACCGAUUCGUGUGAAAACCCUUGAACGCCAAACUCAACCGGAGCCACCCAAGGGGCCAUCAGUAAUUGCAACUUAAAGGAGGGGGUGGGGGAAACCUGUUAUUAUCGUUAAAAUAUAUUCAGUUGAAUGUGAAUUGCUGCCAGUUUGUUUUAAGUUGAGCUGUUUGGGGUUGAACACGUGCAUUAGAGGGGGGAUGAAGUUCCAUUCUGGAGAACUGUGUAUAUUUUAACGCCGUGUGUCAGAAAUGCGUCGCUCGUUGCAUGUCGAUGUGAGUUGGUCUCUUCCGGCCGCAGGCUCGAAUGUGCAGUUGCGCUGAGCUGAGAGCACUCGUGCAAACCGCGCAGUCAGGACCCGGAGAUGAUAUUUUUCUGUCACCUCCAAGUGGAUAUCUGCUUGAGAUUCACGACUAUGUUUUGUUGAUGUAUUUAUCUCCAAACAUGUCUGGUUUCAGCUGGGUUUGUUGAAAAUUCAGAAGUGGACGCAGCCAUGGAGUUGAUGUACCUGCCAGAGAUGUUUCGCUCAAGUUGCCUCGGUUGUUGCUGAAAUCUCUCCAGGUCUCCGUCUCGGUUCGAUCUUCCACCGGGGCGGAUCUGGGGCGACCUCGAGGUCCAAAUGGCUUUCUUCAGUUUCAUGAAACGUUUCAAGUUGGGUCCAGAAAAAAAGAAGGUGAAACAGUUUGAAAACUUGAGGAGAGGAGUGGACCCCGAGGACGUGUGGAAGAUAGUCGGGGAGCUGGGGGAUGGAGCCUUUGGCAAAGUGUUCAAGGCACUGAAUAAGGCGACUGGGAAUGUUGCAGCUGCCAAGGUGAUAAGCUCCUUGAAUGAGGAUGAGUUGGAAGAUUACAUGGUGGAAAUUAGCAUCCUGGGCUCCUGUGAUCACCCCAACAUUGUCAAGCUGCUCGAUGCUUUCUACUAUGACAACAGCCUUUGGAUUCUAACUGAGUUCUGCGCUGGGGGUGCCGUAGAUGCGAUAAUGUUGGAGUUGGAGAGAGGACUGACAGAGCCACAGAUUCGUGUUAUCUGCAGGCAGAUGCUUGAAGCACUCGACUAUCUCCACAACAACCAGAUCAUACACCGCGACCUGAAAGCCGGUAAUGUGCUUCUGACUCUGGAGGGAGACAUUAAACUAGCUGAUUUUGGAGUGUCGGCAAACAAUUCCCAGACCAACCAACGGAGAACAUCAUUUAUUGGGACACCUUAUUGGAUGGCUCCUGAAGUGAUCCUGUGUGAAACCACAAAAGAUGCACCAUACGAUCACAAGGCUGAUGUCUGGUCUCUGGGAAUUACACUCCUGGAGCUGGCUGAGAUGGAACCUCCUCACCAUGAACUCAACCCAACGAGGGUUCUCCUCAAGAUCACAAAAGCUCCACCUCCGACUCUGGCACUCCCCUCCCAAUGGUCGUUAAACUUUAAAGACUUCUUAAGAAAAGCUUUGAAUAAAAAUACAGAUGUUCGAUGGUGCGUGAAGCAGCUUCUGCAGCAUCCAUUUGUGGCUUCUGUUUCAAGCAACAAACCAAUCAGAGAAUUGAUUGCCGAAGCCAAGGCAGAAGUAAUGGAGGAGAUUGAAGAAGGGAAGGAUGAAGACCAGGAGAUCUCUACAGAUGAUCACGGUUCCAGUAAUACGCUGAAUGAGGAGGAGGAACAGUCAAUCAAAUUCACCAAGGCUUUGUUGGAGGAAGAGCCAAACGGUGUUGGACAUGUUGGCCAUGGUGUCACUGCAGACUUUAGCAGUGCAGAAGAAGAUAAAAGCAAAGCUACUGAAUCAACAGAGAACUCGGAUGAUAGCAAGGGAGUGGACGUAGUUGUGGAUUGCAAAGCAUUUAAACAACAGCAACUGACUGUGGUAGAUGAGGGGAUUUAUUUAGAAACGCCAAAUGCAAGAUCUAACCUGGUGGUCAAUGUUAAUAGAGGUGAGGAAAUCACAAAGAAUGAGCUCCUGAUACAUUUGGAAGAGCCAACAGAGAUACAACCAGAGGAAAAUAAUGGCAACAUAAGUGAAAAAGAACAAAAUAAUGAUCAACCAGAAACUAUUACUGACAAAUGUGAACCUAUGGAGAACAAAGACCUGGAGACUGAUGUGAAAGAGCAGGUACAUUCCAUGUGUGAAGACUGUAGUCCGACGAUGCCCAGUGUCACACCAACAGAUGAGAUUAGGAUAAUCAAUGAGAAGAUAGGGUCAGAAUCCACUGAUGCAUCAACUUUGAGUAAAGAGGGCCUGACAGAAACUGAAGUUGUGCCACCAUUUGGAGAGGCUGGGAUUGAAGUGCUCAGGACACUGGGCGACACAUCAACUGGAAACACAGAAUCAAUUGCAAAGCUUGUAGAAAUGGAAGAUUCCACAAUAUUGGAACAAAAUAUUGUGCUUCCAGAGGAGAGCCCAGCAGAAGCAGAAACAGGUCAAACAUUUGAAGAAACCAAUGCUGAGUCAGCAGAGCAAGAAAUUGCCGUCCAUUCUCUGGUAGCCGUAAAGGUUGAUGCAUCUGUAGUGAAGGAUCACAAGACUUGUGAUAUGAAAUGUGAGACUUCUUCUGACGUGGAAGUAAUGGAUACUUCCAAGCUGUGCACAGAAAAUAAGCAGGAUCUUCAGAAAAAUAAGACAAUUUCUCAAUCUUUUUCAACUAUUGAUUAUCCUGUUAAUAAUGGUGCUGUACAGAUACCAGAAAAUAUAAUAAAGGUCGAUGAAAACUCAAGGUUAUCACUAUCCAGGAGCACAGAGUUAGAGUCAAAGGAAAUAGCAUACAACUUUGUGAUUUUAAAUGGCGAGUCAACAAACCAGUCAGAAAGGCUGAAUGGCGAACCUGCUUGUGAGAGCCCAUUUUCUGUAAAUUCAAUGCAGUGCGGAGAGUCAGAAAACCACUUGAUAACAUUUCCAGAAAUGAAUAAAACAAAGCCAUUAACAGAGAGAACAGAGGUUCUACACACUAAUAAAGAAAGCCGCAAGACUGAAGAACAUAAGCAAAAAUUAGAACGUGAAGAAUCUGUAGCACCACACACUGCUGGAAAUACAACUAACACUACUCAAGCAGUCGGCAAGGACAACACACUGCUGAAAGUUACCUGUCUAGUAGAAGAAAAGGAAAUAAAUGAUACUGUUGCCAUAGCAAUCUGUGUUGUUAAUGAACUGAUCGACCUGAUAGUAGCAGAUGAAAGGGGUUGUGAGGUCAGUAACGCUACAGAUCACAAGCUAGAUGUCACACUACCCCAACCGCAGGGAGAUAGUUCUUUCACCAGAGAAGGUUCUGCUCAAUUUGCAGAUGGACGUGACACCUCUGAAAAGCUGAAACCUCCAGGUGAACUUUUAGAGAAAUGCUUUGCAAAUGGUGACAUUGGGAAGAAGAAGGAAGAACCAUGUGAAAACCAGAGAGGACAGGAGGUGCACAGCCAGAAAGAACAGAUGGACGGCAAUCAUGUGUCAGGAACAUCUGUUCAAGAUGCUGCUGGUGACCAGGACAAUGACACAUCCACAGUUCCUCAAAAUAAGAUUACAGAGCCAGACAUUUGCACAAAAACCAUAGAGCUGCAAGAAGUGGAGAGUACAACAUGUCAUUCUUUUGACGUCGGACUACCUUUAGAUCAGCAAUCACUGGAGGGUGAGGUUGGAGAAAGGAGAGUUCAACGUGCCAUUGAAGAUGUUGAAUCAGAUACAUUGCAUCCUUGCACUGAAGAUGUAUUUCAUAAACAGGGGCAGUUUGAAGAGUAUGAAGAAGGGGCCAGACCAGCACAGCGAAUGACAUUAAAGAAGACCCGAACGUUUGUGGUAGAUGGAGUAGAAGUCAGUGUCACAACAUCGAAGGUCGUCGGCAAGGAUGACAAGAAAGACCAGGACAUGCGGUCAGCCAGACGUCAGGAACUCCGGGAACUUCGACUGCUGCAGAAGGAGGAACAGCGAGCCCAAACUCAGCUCGACCUGAAGCUGCAGCAACAGAGGGAGCAAAUGUUCCGACAAAUCGAACUGGAAAUGAUGAACAAGAAACAGUACUAUGACCAGGAGAUCGAGAACAUGGAGCGAAACUGUAGACAAACCAUUGAUCGGCUGGAAAUGGAAUACACAAACCUAUUGCAAAACGAGGCAAAACGGCUAAAAGCAGAACAAGCAAAAGAGUUAACAAAGCAGCGCCGGACAAUGAAGGAUAAGAAGCAAGAUCAGGAAUUCAUCCAGAAACAACAGCAGAAGCUCAACGAGGCCUUACAAAAGAUUGUUCAGCAGCGGAAGUCAAAAAUAUCCUCCACUGAUUUUGAGCGGCUGAUGAAAGUGCAACAACUUAAGAGAGACCGUGAAGGAGUGGUCUGGGACGUUGAGCAGCGACAUCUCAAUGAAAAAUAUUACCUGUUCAAGCAACAGGUGAAGGAGCAGUUCUCACUACAGAGACUACAGCUGAUGAAAAGACAUGAAAAGGACAAGGAGAGAAUGUCCCACGAUCACCACUGCCUCAUGGAAGAUUUGAAGAGCCAGCAAGCACAGGAGCGGGCUCGACUGCCAAAACUGCAACGCAACGAAGCCAAGACCAGACUGAAUAUGUUCAAACAGAGCCUGAAGAACCGAGCAAUUAGCUCCGUGGAGCAAAGAGAGCUCAUCAAACAGUUCAUGGCCCAGGAAGAAGCUCGACAGAAAGCAGACAAGCAGCACCAGCAGCAAAUACACGAAGCUCAUGUCAAGGAUCGGCUGAAGCAGAGUGAGAACAACUAUAUAGAACUACAGCAGCUCCAGAACGAGAAGUUGCAUCUUCUGGUGGAUUGUGAGAAAGAAAAACUAACGGCACUUGAUGAGGAACACAUGAUGGAGCUGAAGGAAUGGAAUGACCGUCUUACGUCUCGCAAAGAGAUCCUGGAGGAAGAGCUUGCACGGAAAAGGACACAGCAAGACGUCCCUCACAGGCGAAGCAGUGAACCAGACACCUCCAAAUCCUCAUUGCAUAGAAUGUCCAGGUUCCUGCAACUGCCCGGCUUCCAGUCAUAAGCACUAUCCCUGUCAGCCUGCAGGCACCAGAGAGUACAACGCUGCUCUUCAGCAAAUACAUGGCAUUCCCAAGUGAUAACUCAUCGACUUUAAUAGAGAAAAUACCUAAUCAUUUCCAGUACUAACUUAUGCAGUUUUUUUUGCAUUUAAAAGAAACAAUUAUUUGUUACCACUGUCAUGCAUUGGAAUGGGUGAUGGAGUGAGUUUUAAGAUGGCUCUGUAUCUUUAAGUGAUAUUCCCAGCCAUACUGGAAAUGAUUAGGUAAUUUCUCUAUUAACUAAGCACUGCUGGCAGUGGCUUUUAAGCAUGUCAUUUGUAGGGUCACUCUCCUCAACUGGAGACAUUUCCCUGCUUUUAUUGGGAGAGGUUGCUGCAUUCUGUUUCUUCUGUUUUUCUGGGUAGGUCAAAUUUGCCUGCAAUACAAGAGACUGUUCGCUGUGAGACUAUUCAUGUGCAAUAUCCCAUCCUUACUGCAGCUCAUUGGCUGGUGCAAUGAUGCUAAUACAUACUGUCUAUAACCACUGAUGCAUAAAACAUUUUAAGACGGCCAAUCACAGUCUCUAAACAGUCACAGGUGGAGAACAGGGAGGCUGAAAAAUUCCUCUGGGGUGAUGGUGUAAUCUUCAGAGGGAGUAGACACAAAAUGGUGGAGUAACUCAGCAGAACAGGCAGCAUCUCUGGAGAGAAGGAAUAGAUGAUGUUUCAAGUCGAGACCCUUUUCCAGUCUGAAGCAGUCUAAAUACCUGGGUUUGAUCCUGACCUCAGCUGCUGUCUAUGUAGUGUUUGCACAUUCUCCAUGUGACCGCGUGGGUUGUCUCCAGCUGUUCCGGUUUCCUCCCACACCCCAGAGACGUGCCAGUGUGGCCCCUGUAAAUUGCCCCAAGUGUGUAGGGAGAGGAUGCGAAAAUGAGAUAACAUAGAACUGAUAUGAACGGGUGACCAAUGGUCAGUGCGGACUCGCUGGGCUGAAGGGCCUGUUUCCAGCUGUAUCUCUAAACAAAACUAAUAUAAAGCAUAAUUGUCUGCAACUAGAUAAAGAAAUGCAGUUGUUCUUUGUAAAUACAAUGUCACUAUAUUUGAAUAUUAAUAGUUUUAUACAAAAGUUCCCAAUAAAAUGUAUGUGUUAUAUGCACACAUUAAGAAAAAUAUUUGCUCUUACAUUGGUCUGUUUUUUAUAAAAUGGAUGUACAGAAGAUGCAGAUUAACCAAUAAAUAGAAAGUGG